AUGGCCUGGUACGCCCAUUCAGCCCAAGGGAUAGGAGCACGAUUACUAAGGGACAACAAAGCCGCCAACUGGUGGUUACAAGGUGUGACCCUUUCAGAGUCCGAGUACUCACUGGCUAUUAAGCUGCAUACCAACACCUACCCCACUAGGGAGGCGAUGCAUCGGAGACUAGCGACAGGAGAUGUGAGGUGCAGGUGGUGUGGAUUUCAUACGGAGAUGUUGGGUCACAUCAGCGGACAUUGGAUUCGUGAAACUGAGCCGAAUCAAAAGACAAGAUAUGCACCGCCGUAUCGACUGCUGCCAAGCUGCAAGGUUGGGCAGUAUGGUGCGAACCCAGACUGUCUGGGGGAUGCCUAUUUCAAGCCCGAUCUAGUCUGCGUGAAAGACAUGAGGGCGGUAGUAGUUGAUGUGACGGUCGUAUGGGACCCAAAUAAGGGGGCCUUAGUUGCGGCGGCUAAGGAAAAGGAGAGAAAAUACCGGCCACUUUUGCCCUCGGUACUAGAGAGAAUGGGGGCGUCACGGUGCGAGGUCUACGGCCUCCCUCUCAGAGCGAGAGGUAGCUGGCUGCCCUGA